AUGACUGCGCACGCGCCCGCGCUCCCAGGCAUCCUGGAUCCCCUCAGUUCCUCAACACUGAACAAACUCCACGAGACAGUCCAACCGCCGAGCAAGAAGCGGAAAUUCGUGCCUAAUAGUGCUGGUAAUUCUGCGGGUCAGCUUGCCACCACAUCGAUCGUUAUUCGCGCCCAUGCAGCAUCAUUAUCAGACAAUCCCCUAGUUCUCGACCCGAUUGUCGCUCUUCCCCGAUCUCGAUUCCCGCUUUCCUGGAUUGACGACGCGUCGUCUUCACGCCGCUCAGAUGUACAACCUGGCGGAGGUCUUUUUGUCGCUGAUAUCCCCGCGCUGGAAAAUGACCUCCGACCAAGCUUAAUGACAGGCGCGGAACAGACGGUCCUUGUGGUGCGGCUUGUGAGGUGGGUCCAUGAGGGUGAUAUUGUUGUUGCGGCGAAGGGGUGGCAGGGCAACGAGGAUAUCGAUAUGGAUAUGGAUAUGGAGUCUGAUGGAGAGAGUGAAGAUUGCGCUCUUCCGGACCCGCUUAAUUGGUGGCAGGCUGCUCAGAUCGAGGAGCCCUUGUCAGAUCUAGGGCUGGGGGAUGAGUUUGCUGGGCUAAGGGUUGAUAUGGUCUUUGGCCAGUCCGAGACUGAGAUUGUCGAAGGAUCUUCGUUCGUGGAUGAUAUUGCGUCUCGCAGUUUCUCUCGUGGCCAGUCCCUUGUGCAGCCCUCGCAGAGUAUUAAUACCGACGAUGUCUUCUAUACGCCCUUGGAUUCACAGAUAAAUCCCGAGGCAAUGGAUGUUGACCGUGCUGUUGAUCAUACCGAGGGUGAAGCGAAGCAAACACCAGCCGAGCUGCUUGAAGGAAUGAGAGACCACUAUCUGCAGGCUCUUUACAUUUCCAAGACAUCCCUGGCCUACUUUGCGAAAGGCCCUCUCACGCGCUGCCGAACUGCCUUUCAAGCGUCUACUAUCGAAGCUUCCCACUCGCCUACCGAUCUUAUAGACUUUUACCGAGAAGCUAUCCUUGCCGCCAAGAAGAUGGAUUUGAAGUUCCGAGAAGCUGUUCCAGCUGCCAUGCGUGAUGCGGUGCUGGCCAUAUCUGAUAACGAGACAUCUAAGAAACGAAAGAGCAAGAAGAAAAAGCUCAGCAAGAAUGGCCUAUAUCCCGGAGAGGAUAGCUUUAUUCAUAAAUGGUGGAAGGAUCGCAGCACAGCAGAAUUCUCCACACAUGAAGGAGCUCGAGAAGCAGAGACAAAGAAGCAAAUUUCUGAUCUACGACUUCGGGAAACGCAAUUGCAGAUUUUACUCAUUCUGGAGGUCUUGUCUUUGGAAUCUGCACCUAACGAGGCUAAAUGCAAGCCACAAGAUGGGGAGACGGAAGCAGCCAGCGAAGAGAAGGACGCUUCUAAGAAAACAAAGUCUAAAAAGGCACAAGACCUCAACGUGAUUCUUGAAUUACAUCUUGACCGCCUGUGCAUCUGGCAUGCUGUUAGUAUGGAGGAGUCUACUGGCGUGGAAUCGGCCAAGGCAUCCUCUUUUAGCGAGAACCACAUGUCCGGCAAGAAGGUAGAGAGUGAUGCGGUUCGCGACUUUUGCACCGAAGUCAUCAUUCCUUUCUAUGCAUCACGUCUACCUGACAAGUGUAAGCUUAUCACACGGAAAUUCGGAGUCUCUGGUGGAAUCUCCCCGGCUGCCAAGAAGGCUCCGAGUAAAAGCCGCGUGGAAGCUGGCGCAGAAGUCAAGCGCCAACAGCCAGCACCGAAACCUCGGCGCUCUUUGCAACGGGUACUUACAGAUGAGAAGGCUGCUGCAUCUCGGAAUGGACCCCCAUCAUUGCAUCGAUCGAAGACGGCUCCGUCGAAGCAAGAAUUGAAUCGUGACUCAAUGGAGCCUCUUCUGCCUCACCACCUGAGCGCUAGCGUCCGAGGUGGCAUUCAACAGGCGAAACGUCGAGAUAACCGCGAAGUUGAUCUCAAUGCUGCUGCACGCCAACACGAGACCAAAUUGCGCAAGGUGCAGAUGCUUGUUGACCAAAAGAAGGAACUCGAUGCUGCCAUCAAUGCGCUACGCAAACCAAACCGUGAGCUUGUGGCAAAGGAUAUUGCUGAGGACGCCGUUAAAAGAGUUCCCACCGGUGGCAGCGCACGCAAAUCGAAGAACCCUGUUCGCAAUCCAUUCGGCGAGGGAGUCCAGGUCAUGGCUACACCUCGUGGAAAUCGGAAGAGAGAUGCAGUAGUCGGUAUGCCACCACUGCCUCGCAGUCUCGUGUCGUCUCGCUCCUUCGCGGGUGAAAUUCCGGAACAAUCACUAGAACAAUCCCCUGUGAUGAUACCUUCUUCAAGUCGACGAGCCACUUCAUUCUCAGGUCCCGAUUCGAACCUGUUCAGUUCCCGCCGCACAACAACUACCAGUGGCAUCAAGCGACCCGCUCCAUCGGCCGAACUUGGUUCUAUACAAGAAACGCCCACCCGACCCUCUUCCAAACUCUUCUUCGCCGGCGAUAAGAGUGCGGGUGCAACAGAUCCGGACGAUCUACUCUCAAAAUCAAACAGAGGCAAAGGCUUAUUCCGGGUGCCUAAUCUCCCAGCACCUCGUUCCACCGCCGGCGAUCUCACAGCAGAGCCAAUGGCACCGUCAACGCCAAUUUCAUCACGACACCAAAGUGCAAAUCCGUCAUUCGUCCCAGGAUCAUCACCAUUGAUGGCCGACUCAAUUCCAAAUAAUCACCCUUCGGGCGGAAUCAUGGAAACGCCUCCGCGAAAACAGAGCACCCCCUUAAUAUCUUCUCGUUCAGUUCCAUUUCAAAUGCCCAUUCAAACUCUCUCCACGAAACGCACUCGGGCACCAUCUCCCCCCGCCAUUACGAGUACACCAGUCAAGGGAGCUUCUACUGUGCCAGUUACGCCAGAGAAGUCUCAAUCAAAAUCCAUAUACGAACAGUUGGGCUGGGAUGAUGACGAUAUGGAUUUGUGA